GGCUGCAGGUUCAGCCGGAUCUUGGACGGGUCCUGGGCACACGGAAGGGGCAGUGGCAGGGGCCUGGCCAGCCCACUCCAGGCUUACCGGUCGCCGCCCUCCUGCUCCGGGCCGCUGCGGGGCGGGGCGGGGCAGCCUUCUCUAGGGGACAGCCCCCAAAGGCCGCGCUCACCCGCGCUAGGAAUCCUGAGCGCAGUGCCCUGCCCGCGGGGGUCGGCGGGGACGUCACAAGAGAUGGCGACAGCACAGGCGCCAGCGGCCCCAGCAUUCCCACCGUUCGCACAGCCCCAACCCAAGAGCGCGGUGGAGGCGGAGGGGCAGCAGCCACCAGCCCGUCCCCGCCUCUGGGCAGAGCCCCGGUCAGCAUGGGGGUGACAGGUGCCAGUGGAUUUCCCUGCUGUUGCAAGGAAUCGGUGGACAUUGUGGAAACACAGGGUAACAUAAACCAACACGGGUUCCAGCUGGUACCAGACGAAGAUGAGAUGGAGCUGGAUAACGAGUUGCUAGAGCUGGAGCCCCCAGACCAAUCGGACCUGAACGUAGACCCAGAACUGGAGACGGAUGUGGAGCCAGAGCCUGAGGAUUUGCCGCAGCCUGAGGCUGAGCUGGAUGUGGGGCCCAAGUUGAAGGCGACUCCCUGUAAUGAAGACCCUUGGCAGCAGGAGUAUAUGAUAGAGCCCCUCCUGCCCCACACAGAGGGGCUAACUCUAAAGGACAUCAACCAGUGGAGUAUGAGAUCAGACUCCAGCUACCUGAGUCCCACAGAGGAGGACCAGUUGUCCACCAAAUACCAUUCCAUCUGUGUGCAGACCUCCAAGGACCUCUUCUGGGCUGACAAGCUCAUCCAGGCCUCAAAACACAGCCUGGAACGGGCAAUCAGCACGCAGCCUGACAAGAACAACACAGAUAAGAACAGCCACCCGGACCAGCAAUCAGUCCCCACGGACCCCCUGUGCUCCAAGAAGCAGCUCCAGAACCCCAGCGCCCAGCCAGCUCCUCCCACCACAGACUCCCAGCAGCCGCCCAGCCCUGACCUGUCCUCCUCCGAUCUCCCACCUGCCAUUGGCCUGGCAGACCUAACCACCUUCAUGUCUUGCCUGCCCGUGGCCGCCUCCAGCAAGAUGGACCUGCCCAGUUUGGAGCAUGUGAUCGAAGCUCCAUCCCAGAAGGCCAUGGACGGUGCUGCCCAGCCAGCUCUGGAACAGCCUGGGCAGGGAAAGCUCAGUAAGGAGUCGUUAAAGGAACCUCUUGGAGCUGGGGAGCAGCAGAAAGCUUGGAAGCAGGAGGACAAGACCUUCCCCCACACUUACCUUGACUUCAGCAAGCUGGGGAUCAAGAAGACCACCACUGAAGGGGAAGUGAAGCUUCUCCAGUCACCAACCAUGUCCCUGCUGCCACAAGGAGAUAUGAAACACUCAGUGCCAGAAAUCAAGAAAGUGAAUCCAUUAUUGCUGAAAAUCCAUUUGAAGCUGUCAAAUUCCCCUUCCCCAGAGAACUGACUAGACAAAACCAAUAAAGCCUCCAGUGCCGGC